UUAAAAUAAAUAUGAAUCCAAUUUUUUACAAAAUAUUAUAUAAUCCGCCUUUCUGAAUAUUUUCAAAACGUAAACGAUUGUAUAAAACUUAUAUAUGCAAAUAUAAUGGCACAACAAAAUGAUAUGCCUACGUUUAAACUUGUACUAGUAGGUGAUGGCGGUACUGGUAAAACAACAUUUGUAAAGAGACAUUUGACUGGCGAAUUCGAAAAGAGAUAUGUCGCUACAUUGGGUGUUGAAGUGCACCCCUUAGUGUUUCACACUACUCGAGGUCCUAUACGUUUUAAUGUUUGGGAUACCGCAGGGCAAGAAAAAUUUGGCGGUUUAAGAGAUGGUUAUUAUAUUCAAGGUAAUUGUGCUAUAGUUCUUUUUGAUGUGACAUCCCGUAUUACAUAUAAAAAUGUACCUAAUUGGCACCGAGAUUUAGUUAGGGUAUGUGAAAAUAUCCCAAUAGUACUUUGCGGUAAUAAAGUUGAUAUAAAAGAUAGGAAAGUUAAAGCAAAAUCUAUAGUUUUUCAUCGUAAAAAAAAUUUACAAUAUUAUGACAUCAGUGCAAAAAGCAAUUACAAUUUUGAAAAGCCCUUCUUAUAUUUGGCCCGCAAGCUUUUGCAAGAUCCUAAUCUGGAAUUCGUUGCCAUGCCAGCUCUUGCACCACCUGAGGUUCCUUUAGACCCAGAAUUAUUGAAUCAAUAUGAACAAGAACUAAAGGCUGCUCAAUCUGCAGCAUUACCUGAUGAUGAUGAAGAUUUAUAAAAUGCGGAUAAUAUCAAUAAUAUGGCCUAAAUCAUUCGUUUUUACAAAAUUUAAUUUUUAAGUUUAUAAUAUUUUAAUACAAAUAUAUGUGAUGACAUAACCAAUAUGAAAUAAUUGUUUUAUUUGUUAAUAAAUAGUGUUUAUAAUGAUGUUAAUUUAUAUCACAAGAUUUUUUGAUUCAAAAUUAAAUCUUUGAAUAUUCCUACUUAAUUAAUUGUAUGGUUAAUAUUUAUUUCACCUAUAACCCUUCAAUGGUAUAGUACAUGUGUGUUAUAACAGCGUUCCUACACUAAUUAGAAUUAUUCAUAUUUAUAUAAAAUUUUAAUUAUAUUGUACACAAUUUGCAUAAAAAUAUAUUAUUGUUAUUGGAUCAAAUAUGAAACUAUUGUAAAUAUAAAAAUUAUUGUAAAAUAACUCGAUUGUAUAGGCAGGCGUCAAUAAUAAUUUAUGGGUCAA